AUGGAUCCCAAGGAGGAACCUGGGAUGGAUCCCAAGGGAGAAUCCGGGAUGAAUCCCACGGAUCCGGAGCAGCCAGGGCCGUGGGAAGAGCCGGAUUUUCCCUUGGGAUCCUACGAGCCCUCCGUGGCCUCCGAGGGGCGGCGGGGCCGGAGGAGGGGGCUCAGGAUUCCCGGCGGGAUCGGCCUCUUCCCGAGGGGGUCCCCAAAGCCCACCCUGAGGGGGGGAGGGGCCGGGGCCGCCUGGCUGGGCCUGAAGGACGAGGAAUUCCCGGGAUUGGGAGCCAGGGACGAGGAAUUCCCGGGAUUGGGAGCCAGGGACGAGGAUCUCCCAGGAUUAGGAUCCAGGAAUGAGGAAUUCCCAGGAUUGGGACUCAAGGACAAGGAUCUCCCAGGACUGGGAGCCAGGAAUGAGGAAUUCCCAGGACUGGGAGCCAAAGACAAGGAAUUCCAAGGAUUGGGAAUGAAGGACAAGGAUUUCCUGGGAUUGGGAUCCAAGGCUGAGGAUUUCCCAGGAUUGGGAUCCAAGGCCGAGGAUUUCCCAGGAUUGGGAUCCAGGACUGAGGAUCUCCAGGGAUUGGGAUCCAAGGCUGAGGAUUUGCCGGGAUCGGAGCCGCGGGAUCAGAACUGGCUGAGCUCGGCCCUGGCCCGGAAAAGGGCCCAGGCCAAGUUCCCAUGA